AUGAAGCGCGAGCGCACGGACACGGGCGUGGCCAAAGAGCAGCUGCACGAGACGUCCGUCGCUGCGCCGUCCACUCCCAAUGGCGAAUCUGACUCGUCACUCCCUCAGGCCUCGACUGAGGUGCUUAAAGCUCGCAAGAUCGUGACAGCCAUGCCAAAAUCGCACUUUGGAGGGGAAGCAGCACGACAGCUGACGGCCUUAAAUCGUGAAUUCGUCACUAAUCUCAAGACGCAUUGGGCGCAUAACAAAGAUGGAAACUGGACCGAGAUCAUGAAGGAGUACGUGCGGUACGCGCACGUGCUUGACGCCGUCUUUGGCGGCCAUUCGGGCCAAGUCUUGACGUUUGGCAGUGGCGACUGCGGUCAAUUAGGCCAUGGUGUAGCGGAGGAAGACCUCAUGGCGCCGUUUCCACGGGUUGUUCGCUCUUUGAGAAAUCUCCAGAUUGUCCGUGUGGCCUGCGGUGGCCUCCACUCUGCGGCUAUUACAGCAGCGGGGGAAGUCUACACGUGGGGCUGCAAUGACGAUGGAGUAUUAGGCCGCGAUGGAGACGAGAAUGUCCCAGCCAAGGUGGAUGGAUUUGGAUCCCAAGAGGCGGUUGCCUUGCAAGUUGUGGGUGGAGACUGCCAUACGGCUGUCGUGACGCUGGCUGGCAAGGUGUAUACGUGGGGCUGCUACCGUGACAAAGAAGGCAAGCAGUGGUGCGAUGCGCCAUCGGCUAAGGCUGCGUUCAUGCAGAAACAGUCUCGACCGUAUAUGAUUGAAGUGCUGGACAAUGUUGUGGAUGUACGCUGUGGUAAUUCGUUUAACCUCGUGCGGACGAAUGACGGGCGUGUGUUCUCAUGGGGACUAGAAGAAAUGGGCCAUCUUGGUCGCGAGGUAGACACAGAGAUGAAGGACUUGAUGGGCGAGUACAAAGUUGAUAUGGUGUACUCGAAACACCUGCAGCCGGCGCCGGUGAUGCUUGGAAAGGACCCGCUUCCUUUUGUUAAGGCUAUUGGCUGUGGUUCAUUCCACAGCCUAUUUGCUUUGGGCUCACAAGGACGUCUUUAUACGUGUGGACUUAACAACUACGGUCAGCUCGGAAUCGGCAACACUGAAAAUUGCACCGAGCUGCAGCUUGUUGAGGAUCUCGGCACUGAGAACGUCGCGUUUGUAGAUGGAGGGGCCCAUCACUCGGUCGUUCUCACUCUUGAAGGCAACGUGUACACAUUUGGUCGUGCAGACUCAGGUCAGCUUGGUGCGCUUGAGACGUGCGCCACUGGCGGGUACAAAGAUCGCCCGCAAAAAGUGACAAUUCCGCUCCCCAAAAGCGGUGGCUCUAGUGUCGUCCGCAUGAUUGCUACAGGAUCUAACCACGUGCUGGCGCUGACGGAAAGCGACGCGAUCUUCUCUUGGGGGUAUGGUGACAUGCUGGCGUUGGGCAGUGGGAAAGAGCAGGAUGAGAAUAAGCCGUGUCAGCUGGACUGGACACUGGCCACAUCUGACAAGGACACAAAGUUUGGCGAGGCAAAGAUUUUGCAGAUCGAAGCUGGUGGUCAGCACAGCGCAGUGUUGGCAAGGGCGACUAAGGAUAAAUAG